AUGUUUCGGUGCAAUAUGGUUAAAGUUACUUACAUAAUCUUGUUUGUAGUAGCUGUGAGCCUUAGUAGUGUUCAAGCAGAUGAUAAGAAUUCCAAGCCUGAGUUUAACCUGGAUACGAUCGCAUUUGAAUGCGCUCAGAAGUUCGAUAUCUCUAAAGAACAAUUUUCUAAAGCUAUAAUGACAUUCGAUGCGAGUGUACUUGCCCCAUGCUUUUGGAAAUGCUGCUUCAUGAAAGUUAGAGUUCUUAAUAGUGAGGGUCAAUACGAUUUUGAUACUACACUAAAUUUAGCUAAGGACAUAUUCAAGAAUAAAGAUAAACAGUACGAAAUGGUUGAAGAAAUUUUAAAAAAAUGUGUAUCAGUAAACGAUGAGUCCGUUAGCGAUGGAAAUGCUGGAUGUGAAAGAAGCUCUUUACUAGCAAGUUGCAUGUUAGAAAAUGCCAAGAAAACAUUCACAAUUCCGUCCCGACCGACCGUGAUUUGA